AUGGCGACCGCUGGGGCGCCCCCGCGGGCGCCCGCGCAUCUGUGCGUGGUGACGAGCGAGGCCUUGCGGGGGUCGAACACGCUGCGGAGGAUCGAACGGGAAUGCGCGGACGGGGCGUUCGCGAGCGUCACCGUCGGAAGCGCGCGCGAGGAUUUCGAACGCGUGCUGAGCGAUGGACGAGGUGGGUCGAUCGCGAUGCUGUGGUGGUUCGCGAAUAGGGAGCUGACGGAGGGGUUCGCGAAGGACGCGCGCGUGCUCGAGCGAAAGACGUGGACGCACAGCGGAAGCGCGGGUGUGGAUCAUUUGUUGGCGAUACCGGCGCUGCGGGAACAUUCGAGCGUGAUGACGAACGGGCGGGGGGCGUUCAGCGCGAGCCUGGGGGAGUGGGGGGUGUUCGCGUGCAUGCACUUCGCGAAGGGGGUGGAUAUUUUUCGGAACGCGCAGAGAGAGGGUAAGUGGAUUCGGAGAACGGUCGGGAUGAUCGAGGGGAAGAGGAUGUGCGUCGUGGGAUACGGGGAUAUCGGACAGCACGUCGCGCGAAGGGCGAAGGCGAUGGGGAUGCGCGUGAGCGCGGUGAGACGGUUUCCUGAGAAGACGUCGCCGAACGACGAUUCGGUAGAGAAAGUCUUGGCGUUCAACGCGAUCAAGGAAGCGGUGAGCGACGCGGACUACGUCAUCGUCGCGCUGCCUUCAACUGAUGAGACGAAGAAUUUCAUCGAUGCCGGCGUUUUGGGGGCAAUGAAGAACAGCGCCGUGAUCGUGAACCUCGGUCGCGGGUCCACGGUUGACGAGCCGGCGCUCGUCGAGGCGUUGAAGUCUAAGACGAUCGCCGGUGCCGCUCUUGACGUAUUCGCGGUCGAGCCGCUGCCGAAAAAUCACCCCUUCUACGAGAUGGAAAAUGUGCUCAUGAGUUUCCACUGCGCGGAUUUGACGGACGAUUACCACGACUUGGCAAUGGACUGCUUCGUCAAGCACGCCGAGCAGUUCGCCACCGGUGCGCCGUUCACCAACGUCGUCGAUAAAUCUCUCGGGUACUAG